UUGUCAAUCGCAGCUGUUGGAAGCGAGAGAAUAGACGACCAUUACAUUUGGUUAUUUGUAUUCAACUCCUAAGUUUCGCGAUGAAUGAUGACCCUCUUUAUAGUGGUAACUCUGAUUGCUCUAUCGACCAACAAUCUACUCAGAUUCAUACGAGUCCGAACGACCAGGGAUGUAUACCACACAAAUUCACAGAACUCCAACCGUGUCGUGGAAUACGCAGUUAACAAGAUUUCCCUCCAACUGAUAGCAAUCUCACGUAUCAUUGAGAAAAAGGGGAUCCUAAAUGUCGAUCCGACCAGCCUGAUAUAUAGUAGACACGGUAUUCCAUAUCAUGCUACAAUACACAAUGAAGCUUUGUGCAACGCUGCGCGCUGUCCCUCUUUCAGCCUUGGCAUCGACUCUUCAUCAUUGGUUUAUUUUAUACCAAAUUUGUUCAACAUGUCUGAUAAGAAAGCUCCUGCUAUCGGUAUCGAUCUCGGUACGACCUACUCCUGCGUAGGUGUUUGGAAGAACGACGCCGUCGAGAUCAUCGCCAAUGAUCAGGGUAACCGUACCACCCCCUCUUACGUGGCCUUCACCGACACUGAGAGGUUGAUCGGUGAUGCCGCUAAGAAUCAGGUUGCAAGGAACCCUGAGAACACCGUCUUCGAUGCCAAGCGUCUUAUUGGACGCAAGUACGACGAUCCGGUUGUUCAGCACGAUAAGAAGAUGUGGCCCUUCAAGGUUAUCAGUGGUUCUGAUGACAAGCCUAUUAUUGAGGUUGACUAUAAGGGCGAGCAUAAGCAAUUCCAUGCUGAGGAGAUCUCCUCUAUGGUUCUUGGUUAUAUGAAGGAGACUGCUGAGGCUUUCCUGGGAUCCAAGGUCACUGAUGCCGUUAUCACUGUCCCUGCAUACUUCAAUGAUUCCCAGAGACAGGCCACUAAGGAUGCUGGUUCCAUUGCUGGUCUCAACGUCCUUCGUAUCAUCAACGAGCCUACUGCCGCUGCUAUUGCUUAUGGUCUCGAUAAGAAGGGUGAGGGUGAGAAGAACGUCCUCAUCUACGAUCUUGGUGGCGGAACCUUCGAUGUCUCCCUCUUGACUAUCGAGGAUGGUAUCUUCGAGGUUAAGGCCACUGCUGGUGAUACCCAUCUUGGUGGUGAGGAUUUCGAUAACCGUAUCCUCGACUUCUGCAUGCAGGACUUCAAGCGUAAGAACCGUGGCAAGACCAUUGAGGGCAACCAGAGGGCCAUGCGUCGUCUUCGUACCCAAUGCGAGCGCGCUAAGAGGACCCUCUCUUCCUCUACUCAGGCGACCAUUGAGAUUGAUUCUCUCUUCGAGGGUAUCGACUACAAUUGCACUCUCUCUCGUGCUCGUUUCGAGGAGCUUUGCAUGGACUAUUUCCGCAACACUAUGAGCCCUGUCGAGAAGGUCCUCCGUGAUGCCGGUAUCGACAAGAGGAGUGUUAACGAGAUCGUCCUUGUUGGUGGCUCCACUCGUAUUCCCAAGGUCCAGUCUAUGAUCAAGGAGUUCUUCAAUGGCAAGGAGCCUGCCAAGUCCAUCAACCCUGAUGAGGCUGUCGCUUACGGUGCCGCUGUUCAGGCUGCCAUCCUCACUGGUGAGGGUUCCAGCCAGGUUCAGGACCUUUUGCUCUUGGAUGUGACUCCUCUUUCCCUUGGUCUCGAGACUGCUGGUGGUGUUAUGACCAAGCUCAUUGAGCGUAACACUACUAUUCCUACCAAGAAGGCUCAGACUUUCACCACCUACGCCGAUAACCAGCCCGGUGUGUUGAUCCAGGUGUUCGAGGGUGAGCGCGCUAUGACCAAGGAUAACAACCUGCUUGGCAAGUUCCAGCUCGAGGGUAUUCCUCCGGCCCCCCGUGGUGUUCCCCAGAUCGAGGUUACUUUCGAUAUCGAUGCCAAUGGUAUCCUUAACGUGAGUGCUCAGGACAAGUCCACCGGCAAGAGCAACAAGAUCACCAUCACCAACGAGAAGGGCCGUCUUUCUCAGUCUGAUAUUGACCGUAUGGUUAANNNNGGCGCUCCUGGCGCUGGUGCCGCUCCCACCGGUAACAGUUCCGGUCCCACUGUUGAGGAAGUCGAUUAA